AUGACUCACAGAGUCCUUCUACUAACAGCCUUGGCCUUAUGUCACGGGUUCAACCUGGACACGGAAAAAGCAGUCAUCUUCCAAAACAAUGCAAGGGGCUUCGGGCAGAGUGUGGUCCAGCUUGAGGGAUCCCGGCUGGUGGUUGGAGCCCCCCAGGAGAUAAAGGCUGCUAACCAGACGGGCGGCCUCUACCAGUGCGACUGCAGCAUGGGCAAGUGUGAACCCAUCCCCCUGCAGGUCCCCCCGGAGGCUGUGAACAUGUCCCUGGGCCUGUCUCUGGUGUUCGCCACCAAACCUUUCCGGCUGCUGGCCUGUGGCCCCACCGUGCACCAAAUCUGCAAGGAGAACACCUAUGUGAACGGCUUCUGCUUCCUGUUUGAAUCCAACCUACUGCUGCAACCCAGAAGGCUCCCAGAGGCCCUCAGAGGGUGCCCUCAGCAAGACAGUGACAUUGUUUUUUUGAUUGAUGGCUCUGGUAGCAUCAACCCGACAGACUUUCAGCGGAUGAAGAACUUUGUCUCAACUGUGAUGAGUCAAUUUGAAAAGUCCAAAACCUUGUUCUCUUUGAUGCAGUACUCUGAAGAAUUUCAGACUCAUUUCACCUUCAACGAUUUCAAGAGAGACCCUUCCCCGGAAUUGCUGGUGAAGCCAAUAAUACAGCUGUUGGGGUGGACACACACGGCCACAGCGAUCCGCAAAGUUGUAAGAGAACUGUUUCACAGCAGAAAUGGAGCCCGGGAGAAUGCCCUUAAGAUCCUGGUUGUCAUCACAGAUGGAGAAAAGUAUGGCGAUCCUUUGGACUACAAGGAUGUCAUCCCUGAAGCAGAUAGAAAGGGGGUCAUUCGCUACGUCAUUGGGGUGGGAGAUGCCUUCUUCAGUAAGAAAUCUCGAAAAGAGCUCGAUACCAUCGCAUCCAAGCCGUCUCGUGAUCACGUGUUCCAGGUGAAUAACUUUGAAGCUCUGAAGACCAUUCAGAACCAGCUUCAGGAAAAGAUCUUUGCGAUUGAGGGUACGCACACAGGAAGUACCAGCUCCUUUGAGUAUGAGAUGUCUCAGGAAGGCUUCAGUGCUGUCUUCACCUCCGAUGGUCCCCUUUUGGGUGCUGUGGGAAGCUUUGACUGGGCUGGAGGAGCCUUUCUGCAUACGUCAAAGGAUAAAGUCACCUUCAUCAACACAACCAGGGUAGAUUCAGACAUGAAUGAUGCUUACCUGGGUUAUGCUGCUGAAGCCAUCUUGCGGAACCAGGUGCAAAGCCUGCUUCUGGGGGCGCCUCGAUAUCAGCACAUCGGCCUGGUGGUGAUAUUCAAAAAGGAUGCAGGUGCUUGGGAGAAAAACGCUGAAAUCAAGGGCAGCCAGAUCGGCUCCUACUUCGGGGCCUCCCUCAGCUCCGUGGACGUGGACAGAGAUGGCAGCUCCGACCUGGUCCUCAUCGGGGCCCCCCAUUACUAUGAGCAGAGCCGGGGGGGGCAGGUGUCCGUGUGCCCCUUUCCCCGCGGGAGGGCUAAGUGGCAGUGUGGUGCUGUCCUGCGAGGGGAGCAAGGCCACCUCUGGGCCCGCUUUGGGGCAGCUCUGACGGUGCUGGGGGAUGUGAACGGGGACAGGCUGACGGACGUGGCCAUCGGGGCCCCGGGAGAGCAGGAGAACCGGGGUGCUGUCUACCUGUUUCACGGAACCUCGGGACUGGGGAUCAGCCCCGCCCACAGCCAGCGGAUCACAGGCUCCCAGUUCUCUCCGAGGCUCCAGUAUUUUGGGCAGUCACUGAGCGGGGGCCAGGACCUCACAGCAGAUGGACUGGCGGACUUGGCUGUAGGGGCUCAAGGGCAUGUGCUGCUGCUCAGGUCCCAGCCAGUGCUGAAAGUUGAGGUGACCAUGGAGUUCACACCCCGGGAAGUGGCAAGGGAUGUGUAUGAGUGUCGUGAGCGGGUGGUGAAAGGCCAGAUCGCUGGGGAGGUCACAGUCUGCCUCCGUGCCCGCAAGAACACACGGGACAGGCUGAAAGAAAGAGAGACCCAGAGCAUCAUCACAUACGACCUGGCUCUGGACCCAGGUCGCCCACAUUCCCAGGCCAUCUUUGAUGAGACAAAGAACAACACUCUCAGACAUAUAGUGACGUUGGGGCUGAGUCAGAAAUGUGAGACCCUGAAACUCCGGUUACUGAAUUGUGUAGAGGACUCAGUGACCCCCAUUGCCCUGUGUCUCAACUUCUCUCUGGUGGGGAAACCCUCGUCCUCUUCUGGGAACCUCCGGCCAGUGCUGGCUGUAGAUGCUCCGACACUCUUCACAGCCUCGUUUCCCUUUGAGAAGAAUUGUGGCAAUGACAGCAUUUGCCAGGAUGACCUCAGCAUCACCUUCAGUUUUAUGAGCCUGGACACCCUGGUGGUAGGUGGUUCCCGGGACUUAAACGUGACGCUGACUGUGAGAAACCAGGGCGAGGACUCCUACAGAACACAGGUCACCUUCUUCUACCCAUCUGGCUUGUCCUAUCGGAGGGUGUCAGGAGCCCAGAACCAGCGCUCACAGCGGUCCUGGCACCUGACCUGUGAGUCUGAUGUCUCCACUGAAGGGUCUGGGAACUUGAAGAGCACCAGCUGCAGCAUAAACCACCCCAUCUUCCCAUACAACUCAGAGAUCACCAUCAAUAUCACAUUUGACGUGAACCCUGAUGCUUUCUUUGGAAACAAACUACUUCUCAAGGCCAAUGUGACCAGUGAGAACAACAUAACUGGGAACAACAAAACCGAAUUCCAGCUGCAGCUGCCUGUGAAAUACGCUGUCUACGUGGUGGUCACCAGCCUUGAGGUCUCGACCAAAUAUCUCAGCUUCACAACCUCAGAGAAGACCAGCCACACUAUAGAGCAUCAGUAUCAGUUCAACAACCUGGGCGGGAGGAAGCUCCCCAUCAGUGUGGUCUUCUUGGUCCCCAUCCAGCUGAAUCAGGUGACCGUGUGGGACCAGCUCCACGUCACCUUCUCCCAGAACCUCUCCAGUAGAUGCCACACCAACAAGAGUGACCCUCGUCACUCUGACUUCCUGGAGGAGCUUAAGAAGACCCCACUGCUGAACUGCUCCAUCGCUGUCUGCCAGAGAAUCCAGUGUGACAUCCCAUCCUUUGGCGUCCAGGAAGAAUUCAAGGUCACCCUCAAGGGCAACCUCUCAUUUGACUGGUACAUCAAGACUUUGCAUAACCACCUUCAGAUUGUGAGCACUGCGGAGAUCUUGUUUGAUGAUUCGGAGUUUGCCCUGCUCCCAGGACAGGGCGCGUUUGUGAGGGCCCAGACAGAGACCAAGGUGGAGCCUUACGAAGUACAUAACCCUGUCCCGCUGAUCGUGGGCAGCUCGGCUGGGGGGCUGGUGCUCUUGGCCCUCAUCACCGGCGGCCUGUACAAGCUUGGCUUCUUCAAACGACAGUACAAGGACAUGAUAACUGAAGCUGGCCCUGAAACUGCCCCCCCACAGUAA